CCUGCAGGAUGAACCAGGAAACAUGGUUAAAGUCAGGAGACCUAAACCGGAUAUUACGUCACCUCAGCGAGCUUACUGGACUAGCCUAAAAAUGGCCGACCAUAACGAAGGAUUUUAAUCUACGCUUGUAUUAAUAUCCGUCGUGUUCCACGCCAUGGCCCGUGUCCCUCACGGCGAGUUCCUCCUGGAGCAGCUGAGGAAGCAGAGGGAGCGCGGUUUCCUGUGCGACUGCACCGUGAUCAUCGGCCAGGCUCACUACGAAGCUCACCAUAACGUCCUGGCGGCCUUCAGCGAGUAUUUCUCCACGCAGUGCAUCGAUGCAGGACGAGAAGGUGCCACCGUUACACUGGACCCCGAGUGGGUUAACGGCGCUGUGUUCGAGAAACUGCUGGACUUCAUGUACACGGGGAACUUAAACAUGGACGGGGAUGAAAUUACAAACGUUCAAAACGCAGCAUCCUACCUUGGGAUACAGGAAGUCCUGGCUCUCUGUUCCUCGAGUGCUGCCAGAGAAAGCCCUGCCGCUGCGACGGACGCGAUCUUCACAGAUCCUCGUUCUCCGCUCAGCCCGGACGACUACGAGCCACUGGAACCACUUGAGGAGGUGGAGGAAAGGGAGAUGCUGAGGAAGGAGGAAGAGAAGAGAUCAGGAAUGUUUCAGGAAAAAGCAGCUCCAGUUGAAGAUUCCCAGUUUUCCAGCGAACAAACUCCACAAGGCACAGAGAAGAGGAUCCGGAAGCCCAGGACUCGGCUUUACGAAGAGGAAGAUGACUUCACGAAGAAGGAAAGCCCGCUUUCUCCGAGAGGACGAGGCCGAGGAAGGGGCAGGCCGAGAGGGAGGCCGAGGACGAGACCUCUGGAUUCUGAUAAAACGGAUGCUGCGGCGAUGGACAAGAGCCCGAUUCCGGAGAGUGCUGUAGUCCGGAGAGGAACCGGAAGACCGAGAGGGCGUCCACGUACGAGACCGUUGUUAUCUGAAGCCGUAGACUCGACCAGUGCUGAAGAAAACGCCACAGUGGUGAAUGAUGAAGAAACGGAAAGCGGGACAGUGCAGUCGGAACCGUCCGAGUCUGCAAAUCCACAGGGAGACACAGAGGAGGCUAACGCAAACGACGUGGAAGUGGAAAACAAAGCGAUGUCAGACGCUGAGAAUCCUAAAGAGCCCGGAGUCAUGAAACGAGGAAGGGGUCGACCGAGAACCAAGUCUCUGCCUUCAGAGAGCGCCGAAACCCCGAACCCCGAGGAGACGUUCACGCAGACGUUGCAGAAAGAAGUGCGUAAGAGAGGCAGGCCACGUUCCAAACCCCCGCCGUCGGAGAUGCCUGAAUCCGACAACACGGAAGGAGGAACGGAACAGGACGAGGGACCAGAUCAGGAGAAUAAUCAGCCCAAAGCGUCCUCCUCUGAGCCCCUCCGCGGCCAACAGAAACCUCCGGAAAACUCCAAGAAGGUCCGGAUGAGCACCAGGAAGCGGAGCCUGAGCCGGAAGCUGAGAGAGAGCCAAGCCAGCAACGACGAAAACGACCAGGACGAAGCGGCGGAGGAGGAAGGCAGCGAAGAGUGGGAGGAGGAAAAGGACGUCAAGGUGUCGCAAAACAAGCUGCGGCCCAUCUGCAACAUCUGCGGGAACCUGUUCUCGGAAAUGAGCAGCCUGCGCAGACACAUGCGCAUACACAAGGGGCUUAAACCUUAUCAGUGCCAGCUGUGUGGACGCUGCUUCAGGCAGGGAAACCAGCUCAAGACGCACCUGCGGAUUCACACAGGUGAAAAGCCGUUCUCCUGCAGCCGCUGUGACACGUCCUUCGCGCAGAAAUGUCAGUUGGUGUAUCACUGCCGGAUGCAUCACGGGGAGGAAAAGCCUCACAAGUGUGACGUGUGUCCUGCAGCUUUCGCUACGUCCAGCAAUCUCAAGAUCCACAUGAGGACGCACAGCGGGGAAAAGCCGUACGAAUGCGGCGAAUGCGGGAAGCGUUUCACUCAGGCGAGCACGCUGAUGUACCACAAGCGCCGGCACACGGGGGAGAAGCCCUACGUCUGUGACACGUGCGGCAUGGCCUUCGCCGUCUCCAGCUCCCUCAUCUCACACACCAGGAAACACACGGGAGUGACUCCGUACAUCUGCCUGGACUGUGGGAAACCCUGCUUAACAUCUGGAGAGCUCAGGAAGCACAUGGACAUCCAUAAUGGUUCAAGAAGAGUGAUCUGUAACAUAUGUGGAAAUACGCUGUCUGAUAUUUACAGCCUAAAGAAGCACCGAGCUCUAAAACACAGCGCUCCUCCAGAGCAAGAAGAAGAACCUACGAAAUCCGAAUCCGUGGAGUGUCCGAUCGAGUGCCAGCUCCCGAUUGACCACCAGGGUCUGAUAGCACGAGUGCGCUCCGUUCUAUCGGAAUCUCCAGAGCCAAGCUUCCCAGAUGAAUCCCCUCUCACAUCUGAGGCCUCCAUGAUCAUCCAUCAGCCAGAAACGCCGAUGAUCAUCCAACACUCUGAAGCUGCAGGAGCACCGAUGAUCAUCCAGCAUUCAGAAGCUUCAGGAACCCAAAUGAUCUCAGGAUCCCCGAUGAUCAUCCAACACGCCGAGUCCUCCGAGGCUCCGAUGAUCAUCCAGCACUCGGAAGCUGGAGGAACGCCGAUGAUCAUCCAGCACUCGGAAGCAGGAGGAACACCGAUGAUCAUCCAGCAUUCAGAAGGUUCAGGAACGCCGAUGAUCAUCCAGCACUCGGAAGCUUCCGAGACGCCGCUGAUCAUCCAACACGCCGAAUCCUCAGGAGCACAAAUGAUCUCAGGAUCUCCGAUGUUUAUCCAACACGCAGAUUCCUCCGAGACCCCCAUGAUCAUCCAGCAUUCAGACGCUACAGGAUCACCAAUGAUCUUCCAGCAUGACGAGUCCUCAGAAACCCCAGUGCUCAUCCAGCACGGAGAUUCCGGGGAGCAAGUGAGCUACGUUUUGGAGCAGUAUGAAAUUCCUGGUUCCUCAGACAUUGAGCACGCUCAGAUCGUCAUCGUGCAGACUAUCGAUUAAGAUGGCAGACAUCUGGAGAACAUCUGGUCUCCACGGCGUAUCUGCUGCAGUACAGAGUAGUUUUAGAGUAGUUCUUGUCUUUGUAAGAUGGAGACAAUCUUCAGUGUGUUUCAGAAACUGCUGCACCAGGAGGUCAUUUUUAUGGCGUUUUUUUUAUUUAAGCUUUUCAGUAUUGGAAAAACAAAGAUCUCCUGAUGAUCAUGUCCACGAUGCUGUUCUUCUGCUCAGUGUGAUUUUAUAACUGUAUGGAUUAAACAGUUGCUUUGUAUAUAAAAGCAUCUGAUAACAACCACAAAAUGGAGGAAAUGCUUAAGUUAAUAUUUUGCUCUUAACAUGAUAUUGUGUGAUAUUGCUACUAAAUAGAAUUAUACUCCAUUUUUGUUUUUUGUUGUUUUUUUUUUUUGUUUGUUUGUUUGUUUUUGGGGGAAAAAAACAUGACAAAUGAUCAGUU